UGCCUUGUCUCUUAAACAAACACUCUUUCGUCUCUUAUUUGGCUACAUACGGUCAAACGAGAAGAGCGGAACAUUUACCUUCGAGGCGUCGUGUUCGAGAUGGAACUACAAAGCGGGCGAACACACAUCAGUGGUCACAGAACAUGGCAGCUAUGCAUUACAACACACAGAUGGUAUCAGAAGAUCUGCAUCAGCAUCCGCGACACCUUUACAAUCUUCAACAGAGACUCCAGGAUCCCGGAUCCUCUCCUAGAUCAGAAGACGCCAGGUCGCCGCUGGACAGCAGAGUGAGAUCGCUCGACGAAGUGCGUUUUGUGGGUGCUAGAUCGCCAGACGUGGAAGACAGAGUGAUCCGAUAUCACGAGGAUACCGGAAGCAAACGUUUUCCCAAAGAGGCUAGUUUCUUCCACGAUCCGGAAAAUUCUUCCAGAAAGUGUUUCAGUGACGAAAUAGCGACGAGUCGUUGUCGCGAGUCGGAAACUUCACCUGGACGAACGUCCUCACCACAGAACUACAUCAUCAGUUCGCCUAAUCAACACAACAACUCUAUUGGCAAGACAUCAUUUUGCAUCGACGCGCUUCUCGGUCGCGCCACGAAACAAAAUGACAUCGAUCAGUCAUCUGUUGAUCGACAGAAAUCCUUUUCCAGAAGUCAUAGCGUUCAAUCUGACAGUCUGAAUCUAAGCAGCAUUCAAGAACGGGAAUCCCCGAGUGCUAUAAGAUGUUCCGGAGAUCAAAGAACUCUGGGAAAUCCCCUACAUCCGUUUGUUCAACAUCACGAGUCCGAGUCGCCUAGUUUGGAGACUCGAGAGAGACAUUCCGUUAAUCGCGACACUGUACUCGGUCUUCAUUCCGGCGAAUCCGUGUCUGUUCAAAGAGGUCCGUUCAGACCUGAAACAGGGACCAGCGGUUAUCGAAACGAUCGGUUGGAAAACGUCGAGGAUGACACGUCGGUCGACGUGGACCCGACGCGGACCGGAAGCGCCAGUCCUGGAAGCAACGCGAGUCGCAGUCCUGCUUCCAGUCCACCCAUAUCGCCCGGCUCGGAGGACCCAUCCAGCAAUGGAAUCCUGAGUCAUCAGAGUCUCGCGUCCGGGCCCUACGGCGUAGGAGCGGCGGUGGUUAGGCAGAAUCAGGGCCUUUUACUGCAUCCCGCGGGACCACUCAUUCAUCCUGGAGGACUGUAUUAUCAUCCGGCCAGCGGCAGCGCCUUCCAUUCGAUACACAAGGAGGGUCAGCCAGUCGGUCAUCCCCCAACCGGAGGACCUCAUCCUCAGCAGCAUCACAUCCAUCCACUUCAGCUUGAGUGGUUUGCUCGAACCGGCAUGUUAUAUCCCAGACUGCCCGCUGAUUUGGCCGGUUGCGCAGCACAACACGCUCUGUUGGGCAAGACUAGAAGGCCGAGAACCGCGUUCACGUCCCAGCAGCUCCUCGAAUUGGAGAAACAAUUCCGUCAGAAUAAAUAUCUCAGCAGACCGAAGAGGUUUGAAGUCGCGACAUCGCUGAUGCUCACAGAAACGCAGGUGAAGAUCUGGUUUCAAAAUCGGCGAAUGAAAUGGAAACGCAGCAAGAAAGCGCAGCAGGAGGCGCGUGCGAGCGGAAAAACUGAAGAGUCCGGAAAUACGAGAAACGCCGAAAGAGAUGCCGGAAGUGACGUUAGUGUAAAUGCACCCGGAACGCCGGAAGAAACUAGAGGAACGAUUCAGGAAAGUCAGAGAACUGGGACAGAUCUUCAGGAACCUUUGUAUCGGCCUUAUGUAGUUUAAAGAAUCGUCAAUGUUCGAAAAGCCGUGUUUAAUUUAACGAAAGACCAACAUGUUUUUAAGAUUUGUGCUAACAUCUUUGACGUUUUUAUUUUAUGUGCGUUGUGUUUUAGACACAAAUAAUUUCUAUAAUUAGACAGAUCAAUAUAAAUAAAA